AAAAAUCAGGACGGGAUUUUUGACCUCAUGAGGUUUCUGGGAAAAUUUUACUUGGAUAUACAUUGCACGCUGAAGCUAAAAGAAUGCGGCAUAUAAAAGGAGUAUUGAUGGACUUUGCUGUCCCUCAACUGCGAGAACUACAAGCUUCCUGAGUGAAGUAUUGUCUAAGAGCAGAGGUUUUUAACCCUUCAUCUUUAACGUGGGAUCUCGACAAAGAAUGGGAUGGAAACCCAUGAAAGAUUCUUUUGAUUUGGUUAUAAACUGAGCAGUAGUCCCCAAAUGCACUUUGUACAGUUAACAGAACUGUACAGAAUUGGUCCUCUUGGAGUCAUGGUCACAUAUGGCAUGUCAACAUCCUCUUUCUGUUGAUACCUUGGAAGUUUUGCUAGCAAAAAAAUGAAUGGAGGAAAGGUGUGUGAUGGAGGAGACAAUAACAGUGUCCCAUCAGCAGUGCAGGUUCCUGUAGGGUGGCAGCGGUGUGUGGACCAGAAUGGCGUGCUCUACGUUAGCCCCAGUGGUUCACACCUGUCAUGCCUGGAGCAGGUUAAAGCUUACCUCCUCACUGAUGGGACUUGCAAGUGUGGCCUUGAAUGUCCUCUCAUCCUUCCCAAGGUAUUUAACUUUGACCCUGGAGCAGCUGUGAAACAAAGAACGGCAGAAGAUGUGAAGGCUGAUGAAGAUGUAACCAAGCUGUGCAUCCACAAACGGAAAAUCAUUGCUGUAGCUACACUUCAUAAAAGUAUGGAAGCGCCACACCCCUCACUGGUUUUAACAAGUCCAGGGGGUGGGACAAAUUCAACUCCCGUGGUGUCUACACGUUCAGCAACACCAAGAUCAAUAAGGAAUAAAUCACUCGAAGGAAUUGGAAAUUCCUCUUUGCCCGAAUGUAAAAACCCAUUUAAACUUGCUAUUAAAGAGCACGGCGGAAGUCAACAACAUGAACUUCAUUCUGCUUACCCAAGGCCUAGGUUAGGUAGCAGUGAACAUGGCCAAAAAUCUCCAUUCCGUGGGGGUCACUGUGGCAUGCCAAGUCCAGCUUCAUCAGGAUCACAGGUUUACUGUGAUGGAUCGAUCUCUCCAAGGACAGACCCAUUGGGAAGCCCUGAUGCAUUUACAAGAAGUAAUCCCAACUUCCAUGCCCCACCCAGUUCUAGUCCAGUUCAUGUUAACAGGACUCCAAUAUCUCCUCAAUCCAUGAUGUUGCAUGGUUCACCAGUGCAGUCAUCUUGUGCAAUGGCUGGUAGGACUAAUAUACCUCUGUCUCCCACUUUUACUAGUCCAGUGUUAAAGAAAACCCUAUGUAACUAUUCUGCAAACAUGGAUAUGUCGCGAGCAAUGUUUCAUCAUAAACCAUCACAAGCUCCACCUCCGCUUCCUCCACCUCCACCACCAUGUGCUCUUCAGAAAAAGCCAUUAACGUCUUCAGAGAAGGAUCCUCUUGGUAUUCUUGACCCAAUCCCUAGUAAGCCAGUAAUCCAGAACCCUAUCGUCCAUGCAAACACAUUUCAUUCUAGUGUUCACUCUCAGGUACCUGUGAUGAAUGUAAACAUACCACCUGCUGUCGUUCCUUUGCCAAGCAAUCUCCCUUUGCCAACUGUCAAACCCGGUCACAUGAAUCAUAGUAAUCAUGUUCAAAGAAUUCCGCAUUCAGCCUCAACAUCCUUAUCUCCUUCACCAGUGACAUCCCCAGUGCACAUGAUGGGUCCUGGUAUCGCUAGGCUCGAGGUGUCACCCCAAAGAUCACGCUCAUCUUCCACAUCUUCAGAUCAUGGCAAUUUCAUGAUGCCUCCUCUGGGAACCCAAUCUUCUUGUAGUGGCAUCAAAGUGCCAGCAAGAUCACCAAGACCUAGUAUUGGAUCGCCAAGACCAUCAAUGCCAUCAAGUCCCUCGACAAAGUCUGAUGGACAUCAUCAAUUCAAAGACAUCCACAACCCAUUGAUAGCUGGAAUGAACAAUGUAUUAAAUCCUAUAAACAACUCUGUUUUUCCCCCUUCUUCGGUUGGUAACACCCCAUUAAAGAGUCAGACAGGUUUGCUGGGAAUGCCUUUAAACCAGAUAUUGAACCAGCACAAUGCUGCCUCUUUUCCAGCUAGUAGUUUACUUUCAGCAGCCGCCAAAGCACAGCUAGCAAAUCAAAAUAAACUUGCUGGCAACAAUAGCAGUACUUCUGGAUCUGUUGUCAGCUGUGGCAACAGCGAAGGAACUAGCACUUUAAAUACAAUGUUUCCACCUGCCACGAAUAUGCUUCUACCAACAGGAGAAGGGCAAAGUGGCCGAGCGGCCCUGAGGGAUAAACUUAUGUCUCAGCAAAAGGAUCCCUUGCGAAAGAGAAAGCAGUCAAGUGCAGCAGUAUUGAAUUUACCUAAACAGUCCCAAAUAGAUCAUCCCAGAGUCCAAAAACCAGGACCGGAUAUGAUGAGGAAGCAAGGUCAAAAUGCAUUCCCUAUUAAUCCAAUGUCACAGCUACUCCAAAAUAUGAGUUGUCAAAACACUCACAUGAACAGCAAUAGUACCCCUGGUCCUGAAAAUUUAGUAAUGCCUUGUCCUGCCAAUCAGCUCCACUUCUCUGAAAGUACUAUGAACUCAACUCCUCUUCAUCAUUCGUUGGCACACACCUUGCCUAUUAGAGGAGAAGUCAAUUCCUGCCAAAAUACCAACGCAAACUUUGUUCAUGGUGGAAGUAGUGCUGUUUCGAACAACCAUCUCCCAGGCCUAAUGAAUCCAAUGCAGAACAGUGGAAAUUAUGGAAUGCUAAAUCACCCAGGAGCUCCUGCUGGAAACCCUCUACACCUUCAUCCACCCCAACCAAGAAUGCAGAAUUCAUCCAUGCCAGUUAUGACAAACAGCAUUAUUAACAACUGUAGUCAAACAAGUUCAGAUGCAGGGAAUGCAGUACCUCUGUCAUCUGUAGCAAUUGCUGGUGUAGGUCAGCCCGCUAUAACAAAGACAACAUCUGUCCUACAGGAUGGGGUUAUAGUCACCACUGCUUCUGGACCUCCGCUUCAGAGCCAGCUUCCUAUGCCCAGUACUUUCCCUUUUGUUGGAUCAGAGCACCCAGCUCAUUAUCCACAGAACACUACAAACAAUCUUCCGCGUUCCAUGAACUCAAACCAUCUGAAUUCGCUGCCGAUGCCUUUACAGAUGAAUCAACAACAUCUCCUUAAUCAGAAUAUAUUGCAUAUGCUGCAGCCUUCAAUUGGAGAAGGUGAUAUGUCAUCGAUGAACAGCACGUUGAAUAACCAUCAGCUAUCUCAUCUUCAGUCAUUGCUAAGCAACACACAGAUGUUUCCUCCAAAUCAACAGCAUCAGUUUAUGCAGAGGUACCAGAAUCUACAUGCACUGAAAGGACAAGUUCCUAUUUCUGGGCCAACUAACAACUUAAAUCCAAUGGCCUGCUUGUUCCAAAACUUCCAGGUGAGGAUGCAAGAGAAUUCCGUGUUGUCUAAUAAAGAGGUAAACUCUCAGAUGGGGGUAUCCUCGUUACCUGAGAAUCCAAACUCUAAUCUGCCUCCGUUUCCAGAAAAGCUUUGUAACAUGCAGCAAAGAGCCGAGCAGUUGCUUGGGCAGCAGAUGAAAGAUAAUUUAAGAGAUGGAGACAACUCAGUGGAUGCAAUUUACAAAGCUGUGGUCGACGCUGCAAGUAAAGGCAUGCAGGUGGUAAUCACUACAGCAGUAACAAGUACAACACGUAUGAGUCCAAUUCCAGCUCUGAGUGCCAUGAGUGCCUUCACCGCAUCAAUUGGUGACCCUUUAAAUCUCUCUAGUGCUGUCAGUGCAGUGAUUCAUGGAAGAAAUGUUGGGAAUUUGGACCAUGAAGUAAGGGCCAGAAACUCUAGAGUUAAUCGGAUGAGAAAAGGCUUGGAUCAAGGCAAACACAUAAGCGAUGGGGAUGGGUUUGAUUAUUUUAAGUCAUCUGGAUGCAAUACACCUAAAAAACAGUGGAAUGGAGGUCAAAGUCCUGGUGAAGUGAACCGGUGGAAAUGUGAGGAGUUUUUGGAUCACACUGGUCAGAUCCACCACAACCCUUGUCAACCAAGACAUAGCAACAUGUCUGUACUACACUCCUUUGAAGACGAGCAGUGCCAGAUUUUGAUACCACCAAGACACUGUCAGAAUGAUAAAAUGCUAGAUGACAAUUUCAGAUUUAAUCACUACAAAAGAACUAUGAUAAGUUUUAAAGAGAGGUUGGAGAACACUGUGGAGCGAUGUGCUCACAUCAAUGGGAAUCGACCUCCUCAACACAGAGGGUUUGGAGAUUUGCUAAGCAUUCCUAAACAAGAACUAGCUAUGGAGGAGCAAUCCCCAAGCUCUUCAAACAGUUUGGAAAGUUCUUUAGCAAGAGACUAUAUCCACUACAAUGGAGAUUUCCAUGCCAAGAGCAUGAAUGGUUGUGCUCCUAGUCCUUCAGACACUAAGAGUAUCAGUAGUGAAGAUGACCUGAGGAUUCCAGACUCCCCUUCUUCAAAUGAGUUAAUGCAUUAUAGACCAAGGACGUUUAAUAUGGGUGACUUGGUUUGGGGCCAAAUCAAAGGACUGGCUUCAUGGCCUGGGAAACUAGUGAGGGAUGACCUGCACAACCCAUAUCAACAAAACUCAGAGCAAGGAAAGGUGGAGUCUGAGAAGUUAAAGACACUAACAGAAGGUUUGGAAGCUUACAGUCGAGCCCAGAAAAGGAAUAGAAAAAGUGGAACACUAAACAACCAUUUAGAAGCUGCUAUUCACGAAGCUAUGAGUGAGCUGGACAAAAUGUCUGCCAAUGUGCAUCAGAUUCCACAGAGAGACCGACAGUUAAAGCCUCCGAAACCGAAGAGGAGAAAAAUAUCUAGAUAGCAUUGAAUGUCUUUAAUAACGGUUGAGAACAUGCACAUAUAUCUGUAUAUAGGCAUUAAUAUUAAUAUAUGUAUAUCAAUAUUUCUAUGAUGAUAGAUAUCACCACCUGGUGUAAAGUGAAAACAGUGGUAAAUAUUUUUGCAUUUAGGCAGUUGGGUUUCAACCCAUCGCGGUCUUUGAAAGAAAUCAUACUUGUGCGAUAGAAUGAAGAAAUGUUUUUUUUUUUCUUUUCUAUGAUGCGACAAUUGUGAUUCUAAAAAAAAAAAAAA